AUGAUGAAGAGUCUGCUCAGCAUCUUCCUGGUGCUGGGUGCCGUGUUGGUGGUUACGACUGCCGCCCUCAAUCAGGAUGGUAAGGUGCGAAUGAGGAUUAGCAACGAUGAGCUGCGGCUGCCCGAGGCGAACGAAUCCGAUCUGGCCAAGCAGAUCCUGGCCAUCAUGAACACCUCUGUUGAUCCUUGCACUGAUUUCUAUGAAUAUGCUUGCGGCACGUGGGUGAACACCUACCCCUUGCCUCCUGACGCCUCCCGCUUCGGCAUGGCGUUCGAUCAGAUCGCGCAGGACAACCAGAUGAUCCUGAGGGGCAUCCUGGAGGACCCCGCCGGCGAGUGGCCCAUCAUUGGCCCGUUCUACAACAGUUGCAUGAACAUGGACGCCAGGAACAAGCUCGGUGCCGAGCCGGCCCUGUCCAUCCUCGACCAAGUUCAGGUCGAUGAUGUCGUCAGCUUCAUGUCUGCUGUCGGCUACCUGCACAGCAUCGGCCUCAGCACUCUCUUCUCUGCUGGUGUUGGAGUUGACGCCAUGCACCCGACCAACAACAUGUUCAUCAUGGGACAGGGCGGUCUUUCUCUCGACGUGCCCAGCGAUUACGAUGACCAAAAGCUGGCCACCCAGUUCGCGCAGUAUGCCCAGCAGAUCUUCACGCUCGCGGGACAGAGCAGCUUUGCUGCCAAGGUGCUGGCCACCGAGCGCUCGCUGGCCAAGAUCUCCCUUUCUCCCGCCGCCCUUCGUGACCCCUAUGCGACCUACAACAACCUGACCCUGGCCCAGCUCUACGCGCUUACGCCAAACAUCGCCCAGGAGGCGUGGGACGCCUAUUUCACGAAUGCCGGCCUUCAGAUCGACGCCUCCGACCUGACCUAUGUGAUCGAUGUGGAGACGCCGACCUUCUUCUCGAACCUGUCCCUUCUGUUGGACGACAGCCGGGACUUCUCGGUCUGGGAGACCUAUCUGCGUUGGGCUGUGCUCAACCAGUUGGCUCCUUCGCUCUCGCAGGACUUUGUCGACGCCAACUUCAACUUCUUCGGCAUGAUCUACUCUGGCAAGAAGCAGAACACGCCCCUCUGGAAGAGGUGCGUCCAGCAGACGGACUUGUCGCUCGGCGAGCUCCUGGGUCGGUACUAUGUGCUCCAGGACUUCCCGGCCCUCUCCAAGCAGAUGGCGAGCGAGCUCGUGCAGCGCAUCGAGGAUGCAUUCCUCGCCAACCUGGCCAACGUUGAUUGGAUGGACGACGCUACGCGUAAGCUGGCUGCCCAGAAGCUCAGCAUGGUCAAGAACCUGAUCGGAUACCCCGAGCACUGGAAGGACUACUCUGGCCUCUCUAUCUCUGCCGAUUAUUUCGUCGACAACGUUGUGACGUGCAACCAGUUCUCCACUGCCGACCAGGCACGCGCACUUAGAUCCAAUCCGCCGCUGGGCCGAGCCAUUAUUCUUUCUGACCCACCCUCACUUUUCUUCGGUUUGAAACAGUUCGCGCAGCUGACGCUGCCCGUGAACAAGGCUCGCUGGGAGAUGACUCCUCCCACCGUGAACGCUUACUAUGACCCUACGCUGAACGAGAUGGUGUUCCCCGCUGGCAUCUUGCAGUCGCCCUGGUUCUUCAACGCCACCUACCCGCCUCAGAUCAACUUCGCCGGUAUUGGAAGCGUCAUGGGCCACGAGCUGACUCACGGUUUCGAUGAUCAGGGCGCUAACUACGACGGCACCGGAAAGCUGCACCAGUGGUGGCCCCCGGCUGUCAAGCAGCGAUUCCAGCAGAGGACCGAGUGCGUGUCGAACCUCUACUCCUCGUUCGAGGUUCUGCCCGGCUUGUACGUGAACGGUAACCUCACGCUCGGCGAGAACGUGGCCGACAUCGGUGGCCUGCACGAGUCUUUCAUCGCCUACCAGACCUAUGCCAAGUCGCUCCCCACUCCUCCGCCCGAGAUCCUGCCCGGCAAGACCGACAAGCAGAUGUUCUUCAUCGCCUAUGCUCUUCACUGGUGUGAGGUGGAUACGCCCGAGGCUCUGAGGCGACAGGUCAACUCCAACCCGCACUCGCCCGCGCGCUUCCGCGUGAACGGCCCGCUCUCCCAGCUGCCCCAGUUCACCGAGGCCUUCAGCUGCCCGGCCGGCUCAGCCAUGAACCCCGCCAAGCGGUGCAACAUCUGGUAG